AUGGCAUACAGGAGCUUGUUUUUGAGUCAAUGGGCAUUUAGUGGAACAUCUUUUAUCAUGCUAUUCUUUAUUCCAGAAUCCCCGUACUAUUAUGUGUUAAAAAAUGCAGACGAAAAGGCUCUAAAACAAUUGAGAAAAUUGUAUAAAGGUGAAGCACUCGCAGAACAUCAGUUAACUGUCAUUAAAAAAACAGUAGAAGAAGCUAGACAUACUACUAUAUCGUCAUCUUUUGUGGAUUGCUUUAGGGGAAUUAACUUAAAAGGAACAUUUAUUGCAAUAUCACCUUUUAUUAUGCUGCCUAUGAGUGGUGUGUCGCCUACGUUGGUUCAUACUCUACUUAUUUUUUCCAAUUAG